AUGGGAAAGAGCCGCCCAGGCUGUCGAAAGAAAAGAGCGUACCGAAUUCCACCCCCCUGGACCACCUGGCCAACGCAGAUUCCCAUCCAUGGACAUCCCAUCCCCUGGCUCCGGAGCCAUCGUACUACAUCCGCCCAAAACCACCCGAUCGAUCCCAUCCUCGUGUGUCCAACUGCUGCAACCGAGCAUCGUCGCAAUGAAGUUGGAGCUUGCGGCGGGUUGCGGCUUCCACCGGGGGACAUGAUGAAUCAUCGAAUACCACCAAAUGUUCCCGCUUUGUUCCCAGACUCCCAGACUCUCUCCCAGACUCUCUCUCCGUCUUUGGCUUUGGUGCCGCCGCCCCUACCACAUACGCCACAUCCACUCGGCCGAUCGAUGGAUGGAUUGGGUGCGACACCUUGGUGCGAGAGCAGAGCCUCCAGUCCACGCAAGCUUGAGCGCCUUCAUAAUGUUAUCAAGUCGAGUCUCAGAUUUAACUCGCCGUAUCAACGCUACACGGCGCUUAUUUCGCGCACAACUUAUUUGGAAGCUUUGGCAAUCGUCUUUCGUUACCCGCCCCCGGCCCCCCUUCUUCUCCUCUCAGAAAAGCCAACUUAA